CGUCAUAUCUGUGGGACGCUCUGCGGCCGUUGGAUGGAGGGAUAAAGGUGAAAGACCAAAGAAUAAAACCAGAGAUUUAAUCAUUUAUUCUCCUCCGCUCCGGAGUUUACACAGCAGAGACCCGGGCACAGGUCACCUGACGGCUGACGUCACACAGGGGGGGUCACCAUGUGGAGUGUGGGGGGGCUGGCGAGGUCCGGCGUCCUGCAGCUUCCUGUGCGAGGAGUCUGUUCUGCUGCGUUCAGCAGGAAGUCACCUCCACCUGUUCACAACUGCUCUGCACCUGCAUCUGCUGGACUCCCUGCAGUCUGCUGUCACACGUUACCUGUCAGGACCCUGUCAGGUGUCGGGACCCUGUCAGGUGUCGGGACCCUGCCAGGUGUCGGGAGGCUCUCAGGUGUCGGGAGGCUCUCAGGUGUCGGGAGGCUCUCAGGUGUCGGGAGGCUCUCAGGUGUCGGAAGGCUCUCAGGUGUCGGGACCCUGUCAGGUGUCGGGAGGCUCUCAGGUGUCGGGAGGCUCUCAGGUGUCGGGAGGCUCUCAGGUGUCGGGAGGCUCUCAGGUGUCGGGACCCUGUCAGGUGUCGGGACCCUGUCAGGUGUUGGCACCCUGUCAGGUGUCGGGAGGCCAUCAGGUGUCGGGACCCUGUCAGGUGUUGGCACCCUGUCAGGUGUCGGGACCCUGCCAGGUGUCGGGACCCUGCCAGGUGUCAGGAGGCUCUCGGGUGUCGGGAGGCUCUCAGGUGUCGGGAGGCUCUCAGGUGUCGGGACCCUGUCAGGUGUCGGGACCCUGUCAGGUGUUGGCACCCUGUCAGGUGUCGGGACCCUGUCAGGUGUUGGCACCCUGUCAGGUGUCGGGAGGCCAUCAGGUGUCGGGACCCUGUCAGGUGUUGGCACCCUGUCAGGUGUCGGGACCCUGCCAGGUGUCAGGAGGCUCUCGGGUGGUGGUGGUGAAGGUGCAGGUGCAGCUGGCUGGUACAGCGGCCUCUCGGACUCAGCUCCGGUUCACCUGUGUGAACACUUCCUGGUGAGCGUGCAGCAGGUGAGCGGGCUGCCGUGGUGGCUGAGCAUCGCUGUGGCAACACUGUUGGUCAGGACGCUCGUCACUCUGCCGCUCGCUGCCUACCAGAUGGUCGUCAUUGCCAAGGUGGAGGCGCUGCAGGCGGAGAUCUCGGAGCUGGCGAAGAGGCUUCGAUACGAAGUUUUAGUCCGAGCGAGAGAGAGAGGCUGGACGGAGAAACAGAACCGGUUCCAGUUCCAGAAGAAUCUGCGUCGUAUUGUUUCUCAGCUCUACAUCAGAGACAACUGUCACCCCUUCAAAGCCAGUCUGCUGGUCUGGGUUCAGCUGCCCCUAUGGAUCAGCCUCUCUCUGGCCCUCCGAAACCUGAGUCUGGGCGAGUCCGCGCUGCAGUCUGAUCUGGCAGCAGGCGGCACUCUGUGGUUCCCAGACCUCACCUUACCUGAUUCCACCUGGAUCCUCCCUGUCUGUCUUGGACUGACCAACCUGCUCAUCGUAGAGGUGUUUUCUCUUCAGAGAGUCGACCCCUCUCGGUUUCAGAGGAUUGUGACGAACUCCAUCAGAGGAUUGUCGGUGUUGAUGAUUCCCAUCGCUGCUACAGUCCCCUCAUCCAUGGCUCUGUACUGGUUUGCCUCUAGUUUGGUGGGAUUCAGUCACAACCUCCUCCUUCGGUCUGGUGCGAUCCACAAAAUCCUCAAACUCCGAACUCAACGUUCAGACUCUCCUUACAGAGACCUGCUGUAUGCAUUCAUCACCAAAUACUGCAAAUAAAUACAGAGUACUGCAAGUAUACAUCAAAUACUUCAACUGUAUAUUCGUUUUCUAUGAACCUUUUUCAGAACUUUUACUUGGGUCUUCAGUUAUUAAGGAGCAGAAGGACUUUACUGCCCUGUGUUUGGCCUGUCAGGCUACUACAGUCUGCCCUACCUUAUUGGUGAAGGGGUGUUGGGGCUGUAUGCAGCCUGUUAUUGAUUGAUUGAUUGAUUUAAAUGUACAUAAGUGUAUCUAUAUAUACACACUUAUAUACAGCCACAGUGUGAUGAUGGAAAACAUAAAGAAACCAGUUUACAGUGAAACACACAGUCAGUAAACGUCUCAGUGAAAACUAAUAUUUUAACGCUGUUCAGCUGGUUAUGAUUUAAAAUCAGGAGCAAUGUUUGCAGACACAUGUUGUAUUGGUCCAGUGAUUGAUUGAUUGAUUGAUUUGUUCAUUCAUAAUUAUUAAAACUUAUGUUAUAUAAGG